AUGGUGGGGAGCGAUCCUGCCGCACCAGGCGCGCCCGCUGGCGUGUACACUCUGCCGCAGAACGGCAGGCGCUACCCCAUCAUGGUCAUCCUGAAGCAUGCGUCCACGCGGCACCUCGUGGUGGCGAUCCGCGGCAGCAACACAAAGCUGGAGUGGGCACGGAACUUCAUGUACAACCGCACCCUACAGCUCCCCUUUGCCCUCAACAAUGGCUCCGACACGGCAAAGAUCCCCGGGGAGACCCACGUCGGCUUCACCCUCGGCUUCGAUGCGCUCUGGCCGCACGUGCGCACAGCGCUUGAGGCAGAGGUGGCCGCCGCCGGCAGCAACAUCAAAGCCAUCACCCUUACGGGGCACUCGCAGGGCGCCGCCGUUGCCACCAUGCUUUCCUACGCCGUUCAAACGUUCCUCAUCCACCGCAACAUCAACAUCAAGGCCGGCCUGGUGACCUUCGGUGGCCCUUUGGUUGGCGACAGCAGGUUCGCCGCAAGCAUCAACGCCGCCGUCAACAUCCGCCGCAUCGCCUUUGAGAACGACCCCUUCACCAUCCUGCCGUGCGCCAGCGCCAAGGAUGCAAAGCAGGCCUCCAUGCCGGCAUGCGCCAAUACCCUCGUGCCAACGGUGGACACAGCUGGCUCUGGCCGCGACUACUGGAGCGACUACCAGCACCCUGGCGGCGAGAUCAUGGUCAGGGCGUCCGACAUGCUGGUGCAGACGGACGUGUGGACCUUCACCAACCACAUCAAAAUGACAGCGUCCAAGGGCCUGGUCGCGGGGGUGCACGGCUGCCCCUACAUCUGCUUCUUCAGGCAAUUCUCCAGUGGCGAUCCAAGGAACAACAACUGCCUGAUGAAGCGGGUGCCAGAAGAUUCCCUGCUGCUGAUGUCCAACGGGUACUGCCAGGGCUUCCCUAAUGAUGGUGACGACUGGCCGACGCCGGCCAUCGACCGCCAGCUUCUGACCGACACCUCGGUGUUCCCGGCGGCCGGCGCGCGGCCCCCCAUGUGGAAUUUCAGGACCUAUGCUGACUCUCGCAGCUGGAGCUGCAGCACGGCAGAGAACAACAUGAUGACCGUUGAAGUGCGGCACAAGCCCAUCCCUGGGGUCACCCCUGAGAUGCUCUUCUGGCUCUACAACAACAUGCAGGGUGCAUCUGUUGUCAACGGCACCAAGUACCCGAACUUCUUGCUGUUCCACCCCCGUGACCAUGUCUACUACUGGACCAGCCACUCACCAUUCAACUCGCCAGCGGCAAAGCACAGCAAGCUCACCCCCAUGACCAACUGGCGCGAAUUCCAGGCCACUGGCUGCAAGGAGACCGGCGACAUGAGCGCCCCCUACGUCUGCCCGAGCGGUCCCAAUGUGCCAAACCCUGGUGUUACAAAGGCGACUAAGCCGGGCGACUACCUCAAGCUCAGCAUCGACCACGUGAAUGGCACUUCGGUGGUCCGGAUCAUGGAGAGCAACAAGAUCCAGUUUGCGGUCCGCGGCUGUUCGCGCGCGGGUUGCGCCUGGUCCGUCCGCACUGAGCACUCCUGGGAGGCGACACCCGACGGUCUUGCGGUGACGACACGCCAGGAGAUCGGGCUCAGGUGGAAGCUCGCUACCAAGGGCAUCAACCCCCGCAUUGUAAACGCGUGGCGCAACGGCGUCGCCCCCGACAAAAAGUGCAACCGUGUCGCUUUGCAUUUCAUUGAAGAGUAUGGCGGCCUGCAGCACUGGCUGCCUGCCGCCUUCCAGCAGGCCCAGGGCAAGGCGCCUGCCUCGCCCGCGGCGCUUUACUCCGCUGCUUCGGUGGACGAUGCUGCCCCUGUGGCACCCAAUGACGAGGCGCUGGGCAGGAUGAUGAGCGAUUACGACUUCUGA